GCUGUGUAAUCUCCCGAACCUGAAGCUUUCCUCUCGUCCAUGCCUGCUGCUCCUCAUUGUUUGGCGGAUGCUUGAUCCACGAGCCAACCUUGCUCCCGCGCGCUUCCUCUCUCUCUCUCUCCCUCCCCCCAUCUCGUUCUCCGCGACCUCGAUCUGUAGCUGCAGCUCCUUCUGGCUCCGUGCCCCCUCUGUUUGGCCCAGCGGAAGUGCCAAAAGAUAGUAUAUGACUUUCUGAAGGCCCAUCAUGGAGAUACAAACUUGCGGCAAGCCGAUAGAUUCUUUGUUGGAGAAGGUCCUGUGCAUGAACAUCCUCUCCUCCGAUUACUUCAAGGAGCUCUACCGCUUAAAGACUUACCAUGAGGUGAUCGAUGAAAUCUACAAUCAAGUUGACCACGUAGAGCCAUGGAUGACGGGGAACUGCCGUGGUCCUUCAACAGCGUUCUGUCUUCUCUACAAGUUCUUUACUAUGAAACUGACUGUCAAGCAAAUGCAUGGUCUUCUAAAGCACCCAGAUUCUCCUUAUAUAAGAGCAAUUGGAUUCCUCUACUUGAGAUAUGCUGCAGAUCCAAAGACUCUGUGGGGUUGGUAUGAACCAUACAUCAAAGAUGAUGAGGAAUUCUCGCCAGGAUCUAAUGGACGAAUGACUACAAUGGGGGUGUACGUGCGUGAUUUGCUUCUUGGACAGUACUACUUUGACACACUCUUCCCCCGUAUUCCUGUCCCUGUCUUGAGGCAAAUCGUGGCUAACCUGGAAAAGAUGAAGCUCCCCGCAAAGCACUCUGGUGUUACUGGAGACUCCAACCGCCACUCAUCAGAUGAGACUGCUCGUCGACCCCCUUCUGUGAAGGCAUCUCUCUCCGUUUCAUUUGGUCAGCGUGCUCCUCACCGAGCUUCGACAAGAGACUCCUCUCCCGUUCGUCGCACUGCACCACCACCAUCUUAUGAGAAAAGCGGCGGCGGUGAAGAAUCCCGAAGAUCUCCUAGCCGCCGCAGUCUCAGCCGUGAUGAACGUGAUUAUUCUGAUAGGGAGAGGGACUCAGAUAGAGAACGUGAGAGGGCUCGCAGUCGGGACAGGUAUAGGGAACGUGAUCGUGAUCGUGAAAGGGAGAGGGAGAGGGAUAGGGAGCGGGACCGAGAUCGUGAUCGUGAUAGGGAAAGAGCCAGGGACAGAGGCCGGGACCGAGACCGGGACAGGGACCGAGAUAGGCACGACUAUGACCGCCGGUCCAGGUAUUCAGAGAGAGACACGAGAAGGGAUUCUCGUAGAAGUCGCAGUCGGAGCAGGAGUAGGAGCAGGAGUCGGAGCCUGCAAGCUGGUGGCCCACGAACUGAUCGUGAUUCCAGUCCUAUGCCAAGAGACAACGGAAAGGAGAAGACCUCGGUCUCAAGCAACUUGGCUAAGCUGAAGGAUUUGUAUGGUGACUUGGGGGAUAAAAAGGGUGACGCCACCAUGGAGAGGAUCCCUAGGAGGGACAGCGGCGCCGAGGAGGUGAUCAGGCUUGGCGGUUCGUCUUGGAAGUGAGGCCCUGAACCUGCCUUUAGGAUCUUCCAACCAAGUAGGAAAAUCUCCGUGUGGGAGAGAUUAUUGAUUUGUUAGACAAUGAUGUAUCUGUACGCGCACAUGUAAUGCCUGCUUAGUAGUGCGAUCAGGUUCCUGAUUUCCUUUUAGUUGAACUCCAUUAUCAACUUUUUAUCAAUCAACGUGAGAAUUCUACGUACUGCAAGCAA